AGAAGGCGGGACCCCGGGUUGCCGGGCUCGAGCGGGCCGCCCCCAAGCGAAGGUCGUCAAGGGGUGUCAGGGCGGGAGCGGGGCGGCGGGCCGCGCUGCUUAAAAGCACCUGAGCGGGGGCGAAGACUCUCUCCGGAACCUGUGUCGAGACGCCCGGAGGCUGGGGGGAAACGGCUUUGAAGGGAGCAGAACGCGGAAGCGCCUGGGUGCGGAGCGGCUGAGGGCGGCCAGCUGAGCGCGGCUUUCUCGGCAGUCAGCGCAGCGGGGCCGCUGUCUCCCCCACCGGCUCCGCCGCCGCCAUGUCCUCCGAUUUCGAGAGUUACGAGCAGGACUUCGCGGUGCUUACGGCCGAGAUCACGGGCAGGAUCGGGAAGGUGCCCAAGCUGGUAGGAGAUGAGAAGAAGCAGAUGGUUGCAAAUGUUGAGAGGCAGCUCGAAGAAGCAAGGGAACUGCUUGAGCAGAUGGAACUUGAAGUUCGAGAAAUCCCACCUCAAAGCCGAGGAAUGUACAGCAGUCGAAUGAGAAGCUACAAACAAGAAAUGGGAAAACUUGAAGCAGACUUCAAAAGGUCACGGAUCGCCUACAGUGAUGAGGUGCGGAAUGAGCUCCUAGGGGAUGACGGGAAUUCCUCAGAGAACCAGUUGAUAAAAUUACGUGAAGAGAGGGCACAUCUGCUCGAUAACACAGAGAGGCUGGAAAGGUCAUCUCGGAGACUAGAGGCUGGAUACCAAAUAGCAGUGGAAACCGAGCAGAUUGGACAGGAGAUGCUGGAAAACCUCAGCCAUGACAGAGAGAAGAUCCAGCGUGCUCGGGAAAGGCUUAGAGAAACAGAUGCAAACCUGGGGAAGAGUUCCAGGAUUUUGACGGGAAUGUUGCGAAGGUAAGGCCAAGGAUCAUCCAAAACCGGAUUUUGCUCGUUGUUCUGGCAGUCAUCAUCAUCUUCACCGCCACGAUGGCUAUUUAUUUUUCUGUCAGGGGACGCUGAUAUCUUUGUUCUUCACUAAACAGCAACAAACUGCUUGUUCUGAGUAAUUAAGACAAAGUGGUCACAUGAAUCAUUCUCUUGCACUGAUGGAGUCUCCCUCUCUUUUCCACUAUUCAACUCAGGUGCAAGUGGUGUAAAAUACUUUGUAUUAUUGAUGGCAUAGUUGAUGGCAUGUGGGGUUGAUGAUUGUUUUUUUCUUAAAUUUUUUGUCUUUACCUGAGUGGUUUCGGAAUCUUAAUAUUUGUUGGGGUGAGGGCUUGUUCCAGUACGGAAAGACUUACCGUGUGUCGAAUUCUGCCCCAGACAAUUAGCCUGUAAGUUGCCAGAGUUUAGGGAGGGAAGAGGGAUCUUUGCACUUUUCUUGUGCUAUGCGGGGUGUGUGAAUAUCAAGCAGUAUCUGACCUUCUGUGAUAGAGAAUAUAAGUAAAACAGAGACCAAAUGAUGUAGAAAGUGAACCUGUCUCCUGUGACUAACUCCCGAUCAUGAAUUGUCGUAAUAGACAUAACCUGGUUAAGAACAGUAGUUAGUUUUAAAAAGAGAGCGACCUUAGAAUGGUGUUUAAUAUCUGAUGUAAAUCCAACACUCUAUUCAACAACUUUUAAAAAAUUAGGCUUUGUUUUCUGCUUAUUGAAAACAAUUCUACUUUCAUCAAGAUCAUGAUCGUGGAUCUCUUACCCAGAAUCUAGUUGUGACCACAGCCCAUCUGUUGGAUCUGUUUUAAAUCUUCCAGUGUUGAUAUAUGUACUGAUAAGCAUACCCAUAGGCCCAUAUUGAAGAUGUAUAAAGAUACUUAUCUAUUCAUUGCUGAGCCCAUAAGUAACAGUUCAGUAACAAAUACGUGAUUACAGUGCAUUAAGCAAAAAUCUAGAUUUUUAACAUUGGCCUGACUAUGUUGAGACCGCAUGUUGGAAAUAUUUUUAGUGUAUUAAAUUCUGAUGUGAUAUUCCCCUUUUUAAACAGAAGCUGUAAAAAUGUUAAUUUAUACAUGCUUUUAGCUGAUAAAAUAUAUCAUAGUUUCAUCUACCUGUGUGUAAAUGAGCCGUUUCUCUUUUUCUAUUGGCUGUGCCUCUCCUAUAGACAAGCCGAGUUCGUUUGGAUUACAAUUAAGUUUGCAGCUCCAGCAAAGGUCUAUUUCUGGUGAGACGGUAAAGUCAUUUUCAUGAUAACUUUUCAAUUCAUUGUAUGCAAUCCCAUAUAAGUAUUACAAAUUGAGAGGGAUUUUAAGGCCUUGAACUUAAGCUGUAAAAGCUUUUCAGAAAGAAGUUCAAAGAAACAAAAAGCUGGUGGCUUUCAAACUCCCCCCAAACUAGGUAGGAACUGAGCACCAAAUUCUUGUGUGUGCCUUAGACUUUUGGGGUUUUGGCAUCCCUGCGGUCUCUGCCGACUCGCUGGGCUGUCCCUGGGAGCCGAUUUUGGGAUAAACAUCUGGGAGUUGAUUUUGGCCCUGAGUAUGUCCCCUGUUUUCUCUACAUGGAAACGAGUAACUCAGCUAAAAGGAUGUUGAUGCCACAGCU